CUCCACUUUGCGGAACCGUUGAGCGGCUCCACUGCAGCUCCCUCUGGUACGGAAACGCCAGGGAAUGAAUGGUCCGCCGUCUUUCAGAUCGCGAGCGACGACCAGCAGAAGGUAAUCAAAUAAUAACGGCGCCGUGACUGUGCCAGCUGGGCUGCAUUGAUUAUAAGGUUUUAUCGUGAUCCAGCGAGUGCGGCGGUCAGUCGUAAACCUUUACCCGCUCGACAAAGUCGUUAUUCACUGACAUUGUGAUGAUAACAGACCUUCUUUCCUCCUCUUCCCUCCCUCUCCCUUCCCCUCCCGAUCUCUCGCUUCUCUCCUGGUAACCAGGCCUUUCUAAGACAGUGCUGGUUUGUACCCAUAUAUCUAUCUUAUGUUAACCGUUGAUUAAUUACGUUUAAACAAUCCUUACUACGCCGUUGAUUGAUUGACUAAUAACUUUGAUUGACUGGCUAAUUAUAGCUGUAAUUGUUUGGCUAUUUAUAGUAGCAUUGAUCAAUUGGGUAGUUAUAACAUUGAUUGAGUGGCUAAUUACAGCAUUGAUUCGUUGGCUAUAAUUAUACCACUGAUUGAUUGGCUAAUUAUACCACUGAUUGAUUGUCAAUCGCGAUUUUGUUUGAUUGGCUAGUAUUAUAACAUUAAUUGGCAAAAUUAUAGCAUUGAUGAUUGGCGAAUUUAUAGCAUCGAGUGGCUCUUUAUAGCAUUGAUUGUCAAUCGCCGAGGGCCCGACGGACUUCCAAUCCUUGCUCCCAAGUUAUCUGUGCGUUCGAAACGGAUGUUGGGAGUGGCGUCCGGAAGGACUCUCUCCCACAUUCCCGCCAUCUCUCAGCGUGCUUGCCAUUUCCGUCCAGCGCAUGCGCUAAGUUACAGAGCUGCUCUCCGAGGCCCAUUGUCUGGAUCCCGCUUGUCCCUUAUCCAUGGGCCCAUUGGGUCUGGGACUCGCUGUUAUCGCAGAAGAAGUAUUGCUUGUCCCAUCCCCAUUGUUGUCGAGGACUUGUCUUCCAGCCCUUCCCCUUGUCAACCGCUUGCGAAGAGAGUGACGUCAUCAGGUUCUUCUUCGGGUGGGCGCUGCUCCAUCACCGGUGCGGUUUGCUCGCGAUCGGGAUCUGCAGCCGGAUCUGGAUGCGUUUUUCCCGGAGCGAAGGAGUUGUCGCUGUCGUUUUGUGCCCUCCCAAGCCCGGGUUUUGACACCGCUUUUCUCUCGUCGGUGCAAUAUAGAACUAACCGAUUGGGAAGGGGGAGAAGAUUCUCUCCCCCAUCUCCCUCUCCCUUUCCCUCUCCCUCCCCAAUCAGGCUGCCGCUUACAACUAGCACUACUGCUACGGGUAGUCGAAGGGGGGCUACUACGGGUAGGAGCGAGGCGGAGAGUGGGUGGCGGCGCGAAGAAGGAGGGCCAUCAUCAACGACCACAGUGGGAGGGCAUUCGAAGGCGAAGGAGGGCGAAGAUAUGGCGGCGAUGGCGGUGAGCGCUUGCUGGCCAGACACCAGCUUGCCCGUCGAGCCAGAUGUGGCUUUGCUGGAAUCUUUUGCUGCAGUUGCUAGCAUUGAGAGGGCGUGGAUCGUGAAACCUCGCGCCGGCGGUCUGGACAUCAUCUUGGCCAUGAGUCAACGCAAUCUGUUGGCCAAUGCCGUCCGCCGCUUCGUCUCGACCGUCAGAUUAGCCGACUCGGCAACGGAGAGGCUACCGAGCCAGUGGUCACCCUUCCCGCUCGAGACAAGCGGGGUCACUCUGCUCUCUCCUUCUCCCUCUGGGCAGCGGAUGCUGCUCGUUAGAAACGGGCAACAGCCGCAUGGCAGCAACCCUAAAGACGGGCCCCCUCCAGUGAAAUUUGAGGUAUGGGGGCGGGGUCAUCUGGUAAAGGAGGUCUUGAUUCCUUCCUCGAUGCACCGGGCAGUGUACACAGACGGAUGGUUCGAGUCGGUAUCCUGGAGUCCCGACGAGAGCCGGAUUGCAUACGUGGCAGAGGAACCGGCGCCGCCACGUCCUGUUUUCGGGCGCAGGAUGGCCAACGGUCGGGACGGCACGUUGUCUCCCACGUCCGGCGGUGCAGGCAUGGGCACGGCGACGGCGUCGAGCGGAGAAGCUGGGGGAAGGGGCGGACGAGGCGGAAUGGCGGUGGGCAGCAGCGGAACGGCCUCGGGGACCAACGAUGUCGGGACCUGGAAGGGGCACGGGGAUUGGGUGGAGGACUGGGGAGAGAGGUACACUGGGAAGGGCCGACCAGUGCUCUUUGUCUUCGACAUUGACAGCUGUCGCGUGCAGAGGGUGGAGGGCAUUCCCCCCAGUGUCAGCGCUGGGCAGGUCGUGUGGGCACCGACCUCCCUCGAAUCCCGCGGCGCCGGGGAUGCGCCCGCCGUCGCCGGCGCGAAACCAUUUUCCCCGCCACCCACGGCGGGGGCGCCGCCGGCGACGCUGGUGUUCGUCGGCUGGAGCUCCACGGCGACCAACUUUAACCACACCUGCAAGAAGCUGGGGAUGGUUUAUUGCUACAACAGGCCAAGUGCCCUGUUCGCUGUCCCUGCGCCGUCUUUUGCCACCACCUCAGAAGAGGCGUCGAGAGCAGCUGCUGGCGGGGGAGGCGGCGGCGGCGGCGGCGAGGAAAGAGCAGCAGCACGACCGGGGGGGGCAGGGGAGGGUGAUGUGCGCCCCCAGGCCGUCAAACUGACCAAGGACAUUAGCAGCGCUUUCUCACCCAGGUUCAGCCCCGACGGGAGGAUCUUAGCGUUCCUAUCGUCGCACGCUGCCGUCGACACAGGCUUGCACGGGGGGACAGCCUCUCUGCACGUUCUGGAGUGGCCAUUUGGCGGCGGUUUCCACGUAGAUGAAGAGGGCGCAGCGAUACAGGUACCUAUGCGAACGGUGGUAGACGUUGUCGGACGUGCCAGCUCACCUGGCAGCUUUCCCGGCCUCUACUCGAGCGGGUUCAUCAAGAACCCCUGGCUUUCCGAUGGGAGGACACUUGUCGUGAACACGACUUGGAGAAGCACUCAGGCGAUUAUCACCGUCCACGUGGAGUCGGGAUUGGUUCAGCGGAUCACCCCGGGACCCCAAUCGUACAACCUUCUCGAUGUGAGAGAUGACCUAAUUGUUGCCUCUGUGAGUGCACCCAAUCGGCCACCUCUCCUGACCAUCGCCCAGACCAGCCGGGACAGCUCUGUCGUGUUGUGGAAAGAGGUGCCCUUUCCCCAAAUGGAAUACCCUCGCGACGUAGAAGCGGCGCUGAAGGCUAUUCGCUACGAGAUACUGCAAGUGCCUGUCCCUGUAAUCGAGGGGAGCGAGCGUCUAUCCCCCGGUGCAGCAGAGCCUUUCGAAGCCAUGCUCUUGUACAAAGCAGAUAUGGGAGGAGGAGUAGGAGGGCAGCAGGAACCGGCAGCAGCUCCUCCGAGCCCACCUCGUCCGCUCAUUCUCGUACCCCAUGGUGGUCCCCACUCCGUGUUCAUCACUUCGUAUGCUAUGGCUCAUGCCUACUUAUGUGCUAUGGGUUAUGCUGUCCUUGCUGUGAAUUAUAGAGGUUCCUUAGGGUUUGGAGAAGAAGCAAUCCAGUCGCUGCCAGGGAAUGUCGGUCGACAAGAUGUUGCAGACAUGCUGCAAGCUUUGGGCUUUGCGAUUCAACAUUGCAAUAUGCUUGAUCGGACACGUGUCGCCAUCAUCGGCGGCUCCCAUGGCGGCUUCCUUGCCGCUCACCUGAUAGGUCAAGCUCCCGACUUGUUCCGCACCGCGGUGCUCAGAAACCCUGUCUGCAAUGUGUCCAGCAUGGUCGGGAUAACGGACAUACCUGAUUGGUGUUUUACAGAGGCAAUGGGGGGUGUGCGGGGACCCAGUGCCUACUCGGAGAUCCCCAGAGUGGAAGACUUGCAGACUUUCUACAGAAUCUCGCCGGCUGCCCAUAUAGACAAGGUAAAGGUGCCAACUUUGUUUCUCUUAGGCAAGGAGGAUCGCAGAGUACCGAUGUCCAAUGCCCUGCAGUAUGUGCACGCUCUGCGCAGCAGGGGUCUGGAGGCAAGAGUUGUGGUUUUCCCCGAGGACAACCAUGCGCUUGACAAGCCACAAACGGAGUUCGAAACCUGGGUUACCGUUGCGAGUUGGCUAAGACAGCACCUAUGACGAGCCUAUCAGGCGGGCGGAGAGACAAAGGCGGUUUAAUUAGCGAUGACGUUGUUUGGGCGGUCAGCUGAAACCUAUUGGCCACAGACUUGUGUUUGCCAUGUGAGGGCUCACUCAGUCUGCGUGCACUUGUGUUUGCCAAGUGACAUCGAAGUCUGCCUUGUAAGAGGCGGCAAGAGGGAUGGGGGAUGGAUGGAGAGACGUGCUGCACAAACACUCCCUCAAUUAUGUAGGUGUGUUCCCUAGCCGUGUGUGUGAUCCAUAACACAGUGCCACUCUGUGUGUGUGUGUGUGUAAGAGAGAGAGAGAGAGAGAGAGAGAGAGAGAGAGAGAGAGAGAGAGAGAGAGAGAGAGAGAGAGAGAGAUUUGGCUCAUUGAGUGAUUCAAUGGGGUGAGGAGUUAGGAAGUAUGAGUCUCGCAGUUAGAAGACAGUUUUUUUUAAAGUUUUUUUAAAUAUUCUCAGCAUGAUUGAAAG